UUUAUUCUUAAGUAUCAAUCAGUUCCUUUCUUCUUUUGAGUGCUAGUUACACUUACACAUAUUCAAUUCAUAUUUAACCUUCCAAAAAACAAGACAAAUUCAUGGCACAUAGAAAUCCAAGCAUAGGUUUUGUUGUCACUACGUUGGUGUUGUUAGCCACAGUAUGUGAUGCACAAUUAUCUUCUAAGUUUUAUGACAGUACAUGUCCCAAUGCACUUUCCACCAUCAGAACUGUCAUUCGUACUGCAGUUUCUAAGGAACGCCGAAUGGCUGCUUCUCUUAUUCGUCUUCAUUUUCACGACUGCUUUGUUCAGGGUUGUGAUGCAUCGAUUUUGCUUGAUGAUAGCUCCUCCAUCGAAAGUGAAAAGACUGCACUUCAGAAUGUUAACUCAGUAAGGGGAUUUAGCGUCAUCGAUCAAGCAAAAACUGAGGUGGAGAAAGUUUGUCCAGGAACUGUAUCAUGUGCAGACAUUUUAGCAGUAGCUGCUCGUGAUGCAUCAUUUGCUGUGGGUGGUCCAUCAUGGACUGUGAAACUUGGAAGAAGAGAUUCUACCACAGCAAGCAAAAGUGAAGCUACCAGUGACCUUCCACUUUUCACAGACGAUCUUGACAUUCUUAUUUCUAGAUUCGAAAAGAAGGGACUCACUGCAAAAGACAUGGUUACUCUGUCUGGUGCUCACACAAUUGGGCAAGCUCAAUGUUUCACAUUCCGUGGAAGGAUUUACAACAAUGCAAGUGACAUUGAUGCUGGAUUUGCAAGCACUCGUCAACGAGGUUGUCCAUUAGUUGUCAAUGAAGAUAAUGACAAGAAAUUGGCAGCACUUGAUUUGGUGACACCUAAUUCAUUUGACAACAACUACUUCAAGAAUUUGAUUCAGAAGAAGGGUCUUCUUCACUCAGAUCAAGUUCUAUUCAGUGGAGGUUCUACAGACUCUAUUGUGUCCGAAUACAGCAAAAAUCCUACAACGUUUAAAUCUGACUUUGCAGCUGCUAUGAUCAAAAUGGGAGAUAUUCAGCCUUUAACCGGUUCAGCUGGAAUUAUCAGAAACAUUUGCAGUUCUAUCAACUAAGUUCA